AUGACUCUGCCAAACGUACUUGAAGGGAUGACAGCCACAACCUUUCAGAAUGGGCUGAGUAGAGAUGGUUCAAGAGCAACUAGAAAAAUGUUGAGUCAGUUGAUGAAGUAUCCGCCAACCACUUGGGACAAAAUCUACAAUGCUUAUUGUGCUGAGGAACGAGGACACAAAACUGAGGAUUGCAUCGCCCUGAGGCAAGAAGUCAUAAAAAUGCUGCGACAAGGUCACAUUAAAGAGUUAAUGAGCGAUAGGAGAAGACCCAACUUUGCUAGAGGACAAUACCACCAAGGACCGCCAAAACCACCUUCACCAGCUCGAACUAUCAACAUGAUUAUCGGUAGCAGCGAUGACGCUUCCAUCAACAACAUGAAGUUCACAACUACCCACAAACUCAGGCGAUCUAUCACCCGUGAGUGGUAUGACGAACUCAAAGAGAGUAUCAUUUUCGACAAGUCGGAUGCUGAUGGUUUGACCCUUCCUCAUAAUGACGCCCUUGUUAUUACUUUAAGUAUUUUGGAUACCGAUGUUAAACGCAUUAUUAUAAAUGACGGGAGCGGCGUGUGCAUCAUCCUUCCCCGAAUGCUUGCCCAAAUGAGACUCGAAGAUAAGAUAGUUCCACACUACAUCAUGCUAAGUGGUUUUAACAAUGCAGUUGAAUAG